AUGGAUAGAAUCAGCAAUUUACCAGAUUCUCUAGUAACUAAAAUUCUCUCUUACCUCCCGACAAAAGAUUCUGUUAAGACAAGCGUUUUGUCGAAGGGAUGGGAAUCUGUCUGGCUUAGGGUUCCUGCACUUGACUUGAGGUAUUAUGAUUUUCCCGACGGCCAAGCCAUGGAGAGCUUCAUCGACAAAUUUCUGGAGGUUAACAAAUACUCAGAACUGCAAACUUUUAUGAUAGAAUCCAACCGUUAUGAUCUAAUCGUGGAUUGGAUUUGUAGACCAGCUGAUCGUAGAUUUCACGAAUUAGAUGUGUCUCAUGUAAUUAGAAAGGCUCCUAAUAAUGUCACUCAGAGCAUUUACAGGAGCAACACACUGGUCUCUUUAAAGCUCGUAACCGUAGGACUCGAGACUCCAAAGUGUAGUGUCUAUCUACCUUGUCUAAAGAUCAUGUAUACUGACGACGUUUGGUUUGAUUGUGAUGAUACUUUGACAAUGGAGAAGAUCAUCGCAGGUUGUCCUGCGCUAGAAGACCUUACGGUGAUUAUUAGCAGGCAUGAUGAAUCUUGUAAGCCAUAUUAUCUGAAGCAUCUGCGCGUGAGGUCUCAGAUUCUUAAAAGAUUUCGUUGGGGUGGUAAGAAUUGUUCAGUUGAGAUUGAUGCUCCGAGUCUCGAGUAUAUGAGUUAUAGAGAUAAUUAG